CGUCCAUUUUGAACCGGAAAUAAAGUAGCCUGUAUUGUUAUUGAUCUAGACUAGAUUUUAGUUAGAUAUAGAUCUAGGUUAUAGAUCUAGAUCUACAUCCAAAUAUUCAGAGAUCCAAUUAUAAUACAGUCUAGAUCUAGAAUACCCAGAUAGGUCUAUAGAUACUAGAUCUAGCUAGGUGACUGGCUAGGUUGUUCUAUAGCAGCAAAUUUAAAUACGUUUCUGAAACAUUAGAAAUGUCACUGAGCCCUUUAUCAAAUCAAGGCUCCUUACAGAUUAAAUGGAAUCCAAAAAAUUUAGAGAUCAGGACAAAGUCAGUUGAAAAAACUUUGGAACCUUUGGUGACACAGGUCACUACUCUAGUAAAUCAAAAUGGGCCAUCUAACAAGAAAAAAGGCAGAUCAAAGAAAGCCCAUGUUCUUAGUGCUGCAGUCCAGAGAGCCACUGAAAAUUUCAUCUAUCAAGGAGAACAAAUAGCUCAUGAUUACCCUGAAGUAGAAAAUGAUAUGUUGGCUGCCAUUGAAGAAGUCAGAAAAACAGGAGAAGCUAUGGAUGAAGCCUCUCAAGAAUUUGCUGCAGAUCCCUGUUCAUCAGCUAAGAGAGGUGCUAUGGUGCGAGCAGCAAGAGCCCUUUUGUCAGCAGUUACAAGACUUUUGAUUUUAGCUGAUAUGGUGGAUGUGCAUUUAUUGCUCAAAUCACUGCAAUCAGUUGAAGGAGAUUUAGACAGCAUACUAAAUGCAACUAGUCAGCAAGAUCUUAUGAAUGCUUUCAGGGAUUUUGGAAGAGAUAUGGCAGAACUGACAGACAGAGCUGCUAGACGGCAAGCAGAUUUGAAAGAUCCUCGUAGACGAGAAGAGUUGGCAGCAGCAAGGGCUUUACUAAAGAAGAAUAGUAUGGUCUUACUGACAACUUCUAAGGCCUAUGUGAGACAUCCAGAAUUAGCUGCUGCCCGUUCAAAUCGUGACUAUGCCUAUAAGCAAGUGUGUGAUGCUGUGAACACUAUUUCAGAUGUAGCUCAAGCCUCUGGUCAGUCUGAUGUGCACCCAUAUGAAGGACCUGGUGAAUUGGCUGCAGCCUUAGAUGAACUUGAUCGCAAGAUAAUCAUGGACCCUUUGUCAUAUAAUGAAGUCAGAAGUAGGCCGUCACUCGAGGAGCGUGUUGAAAGUAUUAUCAGUGGGGCUGCUUUGAUGGCUGACUCCUCCUGCACUAGAGAUGACAGGAGAGAAAGAAUAGUACAAGAGUGUAAUGCAGUCAGGCAAGCACUCCAGGACCUACUGACAGAGUACAUGAACAAUUGUGGGAAACCUAAGAAUGUAAAUAAGGCUGGUAAAAAGGAAAGAAGUGAAGAACUUGAACAAGCUGUCGACAAUAUGACAAAAAAGACCAGAGACUUGAGGCGACAGUUGCGCAAAGCUGUUGUUGAUCAUGUGUCUGAUACAUUCCUGGAGACCAAUGUUCCUUUACUUGUUCUUAUUGAAGCAGCCAAAGCUGGAGAUGAAAGGGGAGUUGAGGAAUAUGCACAAGUGUUUAUGGAACAUGCCAGCAAACUAGUCGAGGUUGCUAACCUAGCCUGCUCCAUGUCAAACAGUGAAGAAGGUGUGAAGCUAGUAAGAAUGGCUGCAUCAGAGAUAGAUAACCUAUGUUCUCAGGUGAUUAAUGCGGCCAGAGUUUUGGCAGCUCGCCCUAGAUCUAAAGCGGCUCAAGAGAACAUGGAUGUGUUUAAGGAAGCAUGGGAAAAACAGGUGCGCCUUCUAACAGAGGCUGUGGAUGACAUAACAACCAUUCAUGACUUUUUGGCUGUUUCUGAAAAUCACAUUCUGGAAGAUGUCAAUAAAUGUGUCAUCGCCCUUCAGGAAAAUGACCCUGAUACCCUUGACAGAACAGCCGGAGCUAUCAGAGGACGAUCUGCUAGAGUGUGUAAUGUGGUGGCAGCUGAAAUGGAGAACUAUGAGCCAGGACAAUAUACAGAGAGAGUAAUGGAAGCAGUAAUGGAGCUUAGAGAUCAAAUAAUGCCACAUUUUGCUGAAAAAGUUGAGUUGGCUGUUGAUGCUCUUAACUCUAGUCCAACUAGAGAUGUGGAUGAGAAUCAGUUUAUUGAAGCUUCACGUCUGGUUUAUGAUGGUGUAAGAGAGAUUCGCCAAGCAGUACUGGCUAGCAGGACUGACUAUGAUGACUCAGACAGUGAAUUGUAUGAGAAUGAUGACUACACUUAUGCUCCUUCAAGUGUGGCAGACCAUGAUGAUUACUAUGGAAAGAGUGAUCGAGCCUUGAUGAGAAGGCUACCAGAAGAGGAAAGGGAGGUCAUUCUACAACAGGUAGAACAGUUUAGGAAAGAAAAAGCUUUGCUAGAUAUUGAAGUAGCCAAAUGGGAUGACAGUGGUAAUGACAUCAUAGUUAUGGCCAAGCAGAUGUGUAUGAUCAUGAUGGAAAUGACAGACUUCACUAGGGGAAGAGGACCAUUGAAGAGCACAAUGGAUGUAAUAAAUGCCGCUAAGAAAAUAUCUGAGCAUGGAACAAAUCUCGACAAACUGGCAACAACAAUUGCUGAUCAGUGUCCAGAUUCACAGUCCAAAAAAGAUCUUGAGGCUUACCUGCAGCGUAUAGCUCUGUACUGUCAUCAGCUAAAUAUAACCAGUAAAGUCAAGGCUGAUGUCCAAAGUGUCAGUGGAGAAUUGAUAGUCUCAGGGGGAAAAAACAUAUUAGACAUUGUUCGUGCCAGAAAGUUGGACAGUGCUACAUCGCUUAUUCAUGCGGCCAAGAAUUUAAUGAAUGCUGUCGUGCUAACUGUAAAGGCUUGUUACGUAGCUUCUACUAAGUACACCAAGGGAUCAAAUAAAAAGCCAGUGGUCUUAUGGAAGAUGAAAGCACCUGCUAAGAAGCCAUUGGUCAGACGGGAAGAUCCCAAUGAAAUUGGGGCCAAAGUUAGGAAAGGAGCUGCUGUGAGAGCUGCCAUUGAGCCCAUCAAGGCACUCAGUGAGUUCCAGGAAGUGGAUCCCGACAGCUACUGUUAAUUGCUAAUUUAAGAAAAAAGAUUUAUUUGAAUUGAAUGCAAAAUUAUAAGAAUUUUUUUUUUUAAAGUCAGUUUAGUCUUUGACUAACAGGCACAAAUUUUGUAAAUAAAUAAAAUAGUGACACUUUAUUUGUUGGGUGAUAUGUCUUUACCAGUUAAGACAAUUUAUUUUAUUUGGUUGUGACCAUUUUUUAUUUAUUUAAUUUGUUUCAUUAUUAUCAAGAAUUUUAGCUUCUAAGAAAUCUUUGUGUAUUUUCUAUUUGGUAAUCUUUGAACAAUUUACACAUUAUUUUUUUUGUAAAGCACAUUAGAAACAAAUCUCAAUUUAAUUUAUAAUUCUCAAUUUUUUUCCUAGUGGAUAUAGUGGUAGUAAAAAAUAAUUAUUCUGUAUUGGUCAAAUCUUAUUAUGUCAAGCUCUUUUUAUGGUUAUCAACAAAUUGGCAAGCUAGGAUAACUAUUUUUUCUAAGCUUAGUUCCUGCAGGCAAUUAUGAUGGAUUCUUGACUUCAGAACAACUUUUUAAUUUAUGCUAGCUUGAUAUGAUAAAGUUAUACUGUAUUUGUUUAUUAGGCUUCUAUUCCAAUCAAAUUCUGUACAUACAAACACAGUGGACCACACCUUAAGUGUUAGUCUAUUGUCAGAAAUGUUGAUACAAUGUACAAAAAUAAAACUUUUUAAUUUUAUUUCUGUACAUUUCACUUUGUUGCUUUUGAUACAACUUUUAUCUAUUUAUCUAUCUAUCUCUAUAUAUACAUAUAUAUAUUUAAAAAUAUAAAUGAUCAGAUUUUAUUAGUACUUUAUCUACUGUAUCAUAAACAAAUUAUCCAUAUCAUUUUUUUAUGUUCCUGUUGAAUUCAGUAAUUAGACUAGAUCACAACAGAACAGGCAAUCAUUCUCUACAUUUAUGGAAAAACUUAAGGUUCUAUUAAAUUAAUUUGACUCUAAAAUCUCAUGUUUGAACAGUAAAGAUGCACUUGUAGCAAAGCUGUACAAAUGAAACAUUUUAAAACUCCACUCUACAAAUUGAGGACAAGAAGUGUGUUGCUACCUUUUUUUAGCUUUUUUUAGGACAAUAAGUAAGUUAUAUCUCCAGCAUCAUAGAUACUGAAAUCUAGCCUUAAUUCUAGACUAUCUAUAGAUUGAUUAAUUAAUAGACUAAAGUCUAGUUUAAGUAGCUGUCUUACUGUUAUGAUAGUGUUGAUUACUUUUGAUAACCAUUUAAUAAAGAUAAUAGACUUAGAUUGCUAGAUUUGUAUCUAGAAUGUGCAAAACCAUUGUUUUGCCUUAAAAUAUUUCCUUUCUGAUACCCUAGAUAAUAGGAAACCACUUUUCUGUAGAGAAGGCAUUUAAUUCAUGUUUUUCAUGACAGUUUGAAAAUUUUGUUUUUACUUCCUUGUAAAUUUUAUGUUACAUUUGUGGUUGUUCCUAACAGUUUAGUCCAGUGUUGUAUUUAUAGACAUUUAAGUAUUUUGUACACUAUUUUUAAAAGUUGUGAAAUUUAUUUGAGUUUUUGUGAAAUCUCACAGCAAUGAUGUGUGACAUUUCAAAUAUUUUUCUUAGACAAAAUUUUUGUCUUUUUCAUGAUUAUUUAUUUUUUCUAAUCAUUUUUUCAAGAAAACUCUAGAAGAUUGAACAUAACAUCGAAUCUCUCUUUGUAUGUAAUGCUGCUCUUUGUUGAGAACUUAAUUCAGUCAACUUAUGAGUAGUGACCGAGUUUAGUUUGUUGUUAUUAUAAAAUGCAUGCAGAAUAAAUUAAUAUUUAAAAAAAUA